CAGAAGUCAUUCUCAAUCAAACAUCCAUCAACACAAAAAGAGUCAGCAAUGGAUUUAAAAAUCACUUUAUUUUUUUUAAUUUGUUGUUCUUGUACCGUCUAUUCAAACGGCAAAGCAACAAUUCCUUCUUUUAUACAUUUAUGUAAACAAAGCGACCCAGAGAUGAAUAAAUGCAUUUUGAACACCGUUACCGAAUUAAAACCGAAUUUAGCGAAAGGAAUUCCUGAAAUAAGAUUAGUACCUUUGUCACCGUUUAAAAUGGAGAAACUCAGUUUAAAAUCUGGUAAUAAUUUGGAAUUAGAAUUAACCGAUGUCGAAUUGGGAAAUCUGAUGUCUUUCGAAAUCGAACAUUUCAAUAUAGCUGUUGGAACAGUCGGUGUCGAACUUAAUAUGAAAUUCCCUCUAGUUGAAGUCAAAGGAAAAUAUAAACUGAAAGGACAUUUGUUGUUGCUUGAUUUAAACGGAUCUGGACAUUGUGUUAUAAAUCUAAAGGAUGUUGUUCUUAAAACGAAACUUUACGGGAAGAGAACUCAAAAAGCAGGAAAAGAAUAUUUAGAUUUUAAUAAAUGCGACGUUGAUAUACAAAUAAGUGAUGCUGAUGUGAAUUUUGAAAAUCUUUUCGCUGGAAAUAAACAACUUACUGAUCAAACUAACGGAGUUUUAAACGAAAAUCCGCAGGCCAUUUUAACAGAAUUUCAACCGAUGAUUUCUAGCAGUUUUAGAAGUGUUAUUUUAACCGUUGUUUCAAAUGUCUUUAAUAGUUUUCCUGUUGAUGAACUAUUACCGAAAUUAUCUUUAUUCAAUUUAAAUCGUUUCAACGUUCGAACUACGAAGAUGUUGAACAAAAUUGUCAUCAAAAUAUUUUUGGGACUUAUUAUUUUUAAUUUUUCUCGGUGUUAUCAAGUUUCUGAUGGGCCAAUUUUAAAAGAAAAACCUGAUUGGAUGGUGACAUGUCGAAGAAACGAUCCAAAUUUAAAUCAAUGCCUUCAACGUCUUUUUGAGAAAAUGUUUCCAGAAUUAGCGAUGGGACUCCCAGAAAUAAAUGUUGAGGGUUUUGAACCUUUAUUGUUGGAUCGAUUGAGUAUUACAAAAGGAAACGGGGCUGUUACAUUAACAGGAAGCUUUUUUAAUAUUACUGUUGUUGGUGCAUCGAAUUCAACACCAACUUAUUCUCGGAUUAAUUUAGAUGAAAAACAAAUGGAAUUUGGUCUAUAUUUUCCUAAAUUAGAUAUAAGGGGAAUGUAUGAUUUAAGAGGAAAAAUUUUAAUACUCCCUUUAGUUGGACAUGGAGAUGCUAUAAUGUCCUUAACUGGAAUUAACACAAAAAUUACCACUGAUUUUAAUUUUAUUGAAAACGAUGGUAAAGAAGUGAUAAAAUUGGAUGCGAUGAAAGUUAAAUUUUCCUUGAGUGGAAUCAAAAUUAAUUUGGAUAAUCUGUUUAAUGGGAAUAAAAUUUUAGGUUUAACAGUUAAUAAUUUCUUAAACGAACGUGGAACUGAAAUCGUUAAGGAUUUAGAAGAAAGCAUAGGAGAUGCACUUUCUCAAAUAUUUAUUGAUAUCACAAAUAAUCUUUUUACAAAAAUGCCAACGGAAUUUUGGCUACCGAAAGGUGGAGAUUUGCAAGAAGAUUUAAAAGAAGACGAAAUUAUUGCUUAAAAUUUAAAAGACUUAAAUAAUUGCUUUAUUUUUUUUUUAGAUAAAAAAUAGGUCAAAAUCUGAAGUAUUCAUAUAAAACCCCAAAAAAUAGUUUAAAUACUUAUUAUAGUUUGUUAUGUAAUU